CGUAUUCUAUUUGGGUAGUGUAGCCGGAAGUAAAGCUUUUGCAUUACGUCUAAAUCGAGAAGAAAAACAACAAUAAGAAGAUAUUCAUCCUCGGACCAUCAAGGACCCUACCAGCAUGUCGAAUAUGGAGAGUAUCCUUUCGAAAAUGUUAGCUUGCUACGAGAGGCAUUACAUUGCCACCAGGAAAUUUAGACAAAGUGGAAGGCCUGUUGUUUAGUCCGUGCCUCGUCUGAAUAUGAUCUUCAAAAGCCAUUUAUCAGGUUUCGAUUCGUAUUUAAGCGUAUAGUCUAUACUUGGAUGGCUUGGUGACAAAGAUAAACGCUUGUUUGCUGUUAUUGGUAUUGUACAUCUGCCAUGGGCAUAACAGUCAGUACAACAAGUUUAGUAAACUAUUUUACUUCAGUCUGAAGACACCCAUUGCCUGGGAGCAUGGCUGGCGUUUCCAUUUUAUUCACAUGAUUACAUCACAGGUAAUUUAGUUUAGUUCUGUAAUGGGAGCACACCAUCGAUUAAGGUUUGUAAAGAGGGUGCCAACAAAGGGGCACAAAUACUGGAAGCUUCAGUUAUGUAGCUAUGACAUUUUAAAAACGGUCUUUAAAUGGGCAAUCAGCAGUUGCUACAUCCAUUUGUGGACUUAUAAAUUAAUGAUAUGUACCCAUUGAUUCUUGAAGAAUAUAACUUAUAAAUGCCUCAUGAGCUUAGUUCAACUUUUGUACCCCAUCAGAACCCAAAAUAUACCCUUGUUUUACUCCAAUGAUUGUAAACAAAUUAAAUGUAAACAAACACUGUAAAGCCUCAAAACAUGAUUAAAACUAUGGUUUUGAUAUGGAUGGUCAGUCCUAGCAUCCAAAGCUAUGUCUAUACAUUUUAGUGUGGUUACAUUUCUCCAGCCCCAUCCCUCAGCUUUUUACCGAAACAGUGGCGGAGACAAUGCUUUGUUAUCUUUGAACUGCUGAUUGGCCCUUUAACUUCCCAUCCCAGAGCAUCUCUUCAAUCUCAAGUUUGCAGCCAAAGAACUGCAACGAAGCUCUAAAAAAUGUGACAAAGAGGAAAAGGCAGAGAAGGCCAAAGUCAAAAAAGUAAGUAGGCCUUUUACCUCAUUAGGCAAUCCUCCAAUCACCUCACCAUAACUAUGAACGUAUCAACAGAGAAUGUAGUGAUACUGAACCUUUAUCCUCAUCGUAGGCUAUCCAAAAAGGAAAUGUGGAAGUGGCACGGAUCCAUGCGGAAAACGCCAUCAGACAGAAGAACCAGUCGGUCAACUUCCUUAGGAUGAGUGCUAGGAUUGAUGCAGUGGCCGCCAGGGUCCAAACAGCAGUCACAAUGAACAAGGUGCAGUUGUUUUACAUACCUACGCCCUACGAGACUUCACGCAACGACAUUCUUGGUUUGAGACACUGAUUCUGCUUAAGACGGGCCCACUUUUACUUUGGAGGGAAAAUUUGGUGCAAUAUCUGUAAAAGAGUGCUAGGUUACUAUGGCAACAAUUGCUGUGUCCAACCACACAGCAAGGUACCUUUCUAUUUUAGUAAUAUUGGUUCAUUCUACAGGUCACAAAAUCUAUGGCUGGAGUGGUGAAAGGCAUGGAUGCCACAUUGAAGAGUAUGAACCUGGAGAAGGUAACGUGUGUGUGCAUGCUCCUAGUCAAAUACAGCAAUUUGAUAGUUGUCCCUCUUAUGACGGUAUAUAUAUGUUAUGUUCUUUACCAUCUGAGAGGCAAAUUUGGUAAUGAAUGUCUCAUCUCUCUAGAUCUCCGGCCUUAUGGACAAGUUUGAGCAUCAAUUUGAGACGUUGGAUGUACAGACCGCUCAAAUGGAGGACACCAUGAGUAGCACAACCACACUAACCACCCCACAGGUAAUCAUGCUUUUCUGGGUUCCUGCUAGACAGACCUCUGGUCUCUUCAAGUAUGUAACAGUAAAUACAUACAAGUGCAGAUCAUGACGAGAUACAUUUAUUGUGAUUCAUUUAUUCUGCUGUGUUCACAAUCAAUGGAGAUUAACAGUCAGCGACGUGUGUUUCAGAAUCAAGUGGAUUCACUGAUGCACGAAUUGGCUGAUGAAGCAGGGUAAGAAUUCCUCAUUUUGUCAUUCUCUAUUCUUGAAAAAAUGUUGUCUGUAAAAGAGUGAAAAUUAAUGCAUAUCAAUUUGUAUGUCGGUUUCUUUGUGUUUAGGUUGGACCUGAACAUGGAGCUCCCACAGGGUCAGACUGGAUCAGUGGGCACCAGUGUUGCGUCAGCAGAGCAGGUACAGGAACAGGCCCCGAACAAGAGCUAUUAUAUACCCUACCACACUUUCAAUUGUCUACUAAACAGGAUCUUUAAAGUAAAUGAUUGGGAUAAUAGAGCAAUGAUAACAAUGCUGAUAUGAUUAUAGUAGCUGUGUCUCAGGCUUGCAUAAAAAUGUCCUUAGGCCCACCCCCUGCCCCUUCUCACACACGAUUGAAAAGGUUUAGUUUUUAGAGAUUACUUACUUACUGCAUCUGCAACAUUUAAUGCCUGUUAUCUUUUCUUCUCAGGAUGAACUGUCUUCAAGGCUUGCCAAACUCCGAGACCAAAUGUAAAGGAAGAACUCCGUCUGAGACCUCAAGUGCAGAGCUUCAGGUUACAUGGCCUGAACUGGAUAAGAAUCCAAGACCUGCUCUGUUCUUUUCAUAAUGUCUUUGUCUCACUCCUUUAGUUUUUCUCUUUGAAGAUCCUACUGUAUCCUGUUUGAGAGGCUUGCCCUUGGGUCCUUAUUGGUGUUCUUAAUUUACCAUUGUAAAUAGAGAGUAUCAAGUUACAGGAAUAUAAGCCACCCACCUACAAACACUAAAAUAAAGACUAUUUGGUAAUGGAAAAUGAAUGCCAUAUUUGAAAUAAUAUAUAUUAUAACUGGGAUGGUUGCAUCUGCAACUGAUGCUUUUUGUAUGUCCAUUUCUUCUUGUGUUGUAGUUUGGCAGACCUCUUAAGAUGCAACUGCAAUGUUAUAUUAGUUUCUUUCUGGUGUCCCUCCUUUUAGACAUUUUCUCAUACAAUAUUUUAUUCACAUGUGUAUGUAUCAAACCAGCAUUGUUUUAUGGAGAGUUUGGUUGAUUCUUACAUUUGAUUGAUAAUUCUGAGUCUUGGGGUGUAAUUUUUUUUGUCCACACUGAUUAGGUUAUUAGAUAAUAAUACAAUUUUAUAACACUUUUAA